AUGCAAGGCAGAAAUUCCAAUAUUUUGACAUCGUCGGAUAAAAUUGAAAGCUUUCGCGCUAAAUUGGAACUAUGGAUCAGUCUCGCUACGAAUGUUACUACCUGUACAUUGGCAUUAUUUUCCGGCGAUUUUGAGCGGAACAGAAAGAACUUAAUUGCAAUUAUGGGUCGCAAAUUUGUCGUGGGCGGUAACUGGAAGAUGAAUGGUGACAAGAACCAGAUAAAUGAAAUUGUGAACAAUUUGAAGAAAGGGCCCUUAGAUGAGAAUGUGGAGGUAAUUAUUGGUGUACCUGCUGUUUACCUUGCUUAUGUGAAAAGCAUUGUUCCUGAUUCUAUUGCUGUAGCUGCCCAAAACUGCUGGAAAGUGCCCAAGGGUGCAUUUACAGGUGAAAUUUCUCCCGCCAUGUUAAAAGAUGUCGGCAUAAAUUGGGUAAUCCUUGGGCAUUCAGAAAGAAGAAGUAUUUUUGGUGAAAAAGAUGAAUUGGUUGCUGAGAAAGUGGCUCAUGCUCUUGAAUCAGGAUUAAAAGUGAUUGCUUGUAUUGGUGAGACUUUGGAGGAAAGGGAAGCAGGAAAGACCGAGGAAGUUGUAUUUCGGCAGACUAAAGCUUUACUACCUGCAAUUGGAGAUAAGUGGGCCAAUGUGGUGUUAGCUUAUGAGCCUGUGUGGGCUAUUGGUACUGGCAAAACGGCCUCACCUCAACAGGCACAAGAAGUCCAUUCUUCUCUACGCAAUUGGUUGUCUACAAAUGCAUCGCCUGAUGUAGCAAAUGCUGUGCGUAUACAAUAUGGUGGGUCUGUUACUGCAGCCAAUUGUAAAGAGCUAGCAGCUUGUUCAGAUAUUGAUGGCUUCCUUGUAGGCGGUGCAAGUUUGAAGCCAGAAUUUGUUGAUAUUAUCAAUGCUACUAAUAAGUUGACUGAAUGUGAUGGUACGUUUUCUAGUUUGUUUAGAAGUGCUGGAGUCAGCGUUAAUCUUCAAAUAUCGGACGAAAGUGAUAAACCCCCUGAAACGUCAGUUGAUACUGUUGAAGCUUCUGCUGUGGUUGUGUUCCCUACAACUAAGCCCACUACUCCUAAUACAUCUGCAAACACUCCGAAAAUAAAACAGGCUUUUGAAAAUGUGUAUCAAUAUUCUAAAGGUGGUGCAGAAUACGACCGGAUAACAGAUGCUAUUACGUAUUUUAUUGCAGUUGAUAACAGGCCGUUUUAUGCGGUUGAAGGAAAACGUUUUCGACAUUUGAUUAAGGAACUAGCCCCUUUGUAUAAAGUGCCUUGUCGGGAAACAAUUAAGGCAAAGAUUGAUAAAAAGUAUGACACAUUAUCAAAAAUUGUGGCGGAUAAAUUGAAAAAUGUGGAUUACUUUAGUUUGACUACAGACAUUUGGACAGAGACAUUGACUAACACUGGUUAUCUGGGACUUACUGUUCAUUUUUUGCAACAGAAUGAAUUACAAUCUGUGACUAUUGGAGUUUUCGAAUUAGAAGAAAGUCAUACUGGCGAGUACAUUGGACAACAAUUGACAGGAAUAUUAAGAAGUUGGAAUAUAGAUAGUGAAAAAGUUAUGGCUUUCGUUGCAGAUUCUGGCGCAAAUAUGAUUAAAGCAAUAAGAGAGACGUUUGGGGCACACAAACAUAUCCCAUGUUUUGCUCACAUGAUAAAUAGAGUUGCUGAAGAGGCCAUAAGAAAAACUUCCGGACUGAGUGAUAUAAUAGAGCAUGUUAGGAAUAUAGUAAAAUACGUAAAAAAGAGACAAGACAUGGCAUUGGAAUUAAAAAGAAAGUAA